AUGUCGCUUUUCUCGCGCCGGAAAACGCCCGACCAGUUGGUGAAGCUGCUGAAGGAAGCGCUAGCGGAUCCGUGGGCUCCUGCCAAACCGUCCAAGGACGGAACAACCGUGGAAGAAAUCACCAAGCGCCUGAGUGAAAUAAAGCUGCUUUUGUACGGCGACGGAGAGCAGGAGGUCAAGGUGGAGAAAUGUGCGCAGCUAGCGGAGCUGCUCAUUGCGAGCCAACUCGUUCCGAAACUCGUCUCGGAGCUGGACAAGUUGCCAUUCGAGGCGCGCAAGCAACUCGCGCAGGUAUAUAACAACCUCAUGCGUCGCGACCUCGCGGGUUUCGUGAGCUACGUGGAACGUCAGCCGGAGAUCCUGUCGGUGCUCGUAGCUGGGUAUGAGAACCCUGAAGUGGCUCUCAACUGCGGGACCAUGCUACGUGAGUCCAUUCGGCAUGAAAUCGUGGCGGGCAAGAUACUGUACUCUUCCGAUCUGUGGAAGUUCUUCGACGUGUAUGUCCACCUGCCCAAUUUUGAGGUUGGCUCGGACGCGUUUGCGACGUUCAAGGACCUGUUCACGCGCCACAAGACACUGGCUGCUACGUUCUUCACGUCCAAUUUCGAUGCGGUCUUUUCGAAGUACAAUAGUCUCUUGAUGUCGGAGAAUUACGUCACCCGGCGGCAAUCGCUGAAGUUGCUGGGCGAGAUCCUGCUUGAUCGAUCCAAUUUCGACAUCAUGAUGAAGUACAUUGGGGAGAAGGAGAAUUUGAAGAUGAUGAUGAACCUGCUGCGUGAUACGAGCGCGAACAUCCAGUUCGAGGCGUUUCACGUGUUCAAGGUCUUUGUGGCGAACCCGAAGAAACCUGAAGCGAUCUCCCAGAUCCUCGUGAACAAUCGCGAGAAACUUAUCGCGUACUUGAAGAACUUCCAGAAUAACAAAGAGGAUCCGCAGUUCAUUGAGGAGAAGGCAUUACUUAUCAGGACGCUGGAGGGGCUGAAGGUAGGUGAGGCUGCCAGUGAGACAGCAGCUCAGUCUGCCGCGCUCCCACAGUGA